AUGGUCACGUACUGGAGGACAGAUUCCAUCAUGGACAAUCCCCUGACGAGGCCGAGUGCCCACAGCCUACAAAGGCCUCAAGUCUUUGUCAAAGUCGAGUUCGGCGUGUCAUGGUCUCCCCAGCAUGCUCCCCGAUCUCGUGGGUUCCAAUACAGAUCACGCGCGCUCCGAGAGAGAGCUCCCUAUUUCCCACGACACGUCCCGGCGCCGACAACUAACUAUCUCGCCGCCUCGUCCAUACAACAAUUCCAGCAGGCUCAAGUCCCUCAGUUCUUUGACCAAGGGCCACAAGAGCAAUUGCAACCGCGGCAAAGACCACAACGUCCUGAGCAAACACGUCGGCAAGUUCAGCCAUAUCAAGAACACCAGCGGAGCCGUUCGAGACAGGUCGAUUUUGCUCCGGCCCCGGAAGACCAUCAGCAGGAGCAACGGACUUCUCGUGAAGAGAGGAGAGCGUCUUGCGAGCGGCAAGAACGAGGGCGUUCGGCACCACCACCCCUAAGCGACAACAAUUGGGACGUUGUCCACCCACAGAUGACAGCUGAUAUCCCAGUGGGCUCCUCCACGGCCUGUGCCACUGCGGACCGACCAAGUUCGGACGUGUGGAAGGACUUGCCCGAGGUGCCAUCACGCUUUCGGCUAGGAGAAGAAGGGAUGCCCUGGGAGUCUUGGACAUUUCCCAUGGGCUGGGAGCCUUUCAUGGAGCCGGAUCCCCUCCUUCAACCGCCGUCCUCCCACGCUUCACCAGAUCCUCAAUACAGUCAGGUGGCACCACAGCCUGCAGAGCAAGAGCCUACCAGUCCUACGGUGGUCAAGAUAGAGUCGCCUGUGGAGUCGCCCCGGUAUCGAAGGGAAGACCCGGAGCGUGUUCGUGAGCUCGAGGCGCUGGGUUCAGCAAUGAUGACGGUGGACAAUGGCUUCGAAAACCAGUGGUGGAACAGUGGCGAGCGGCAAUCGAUGCCAACUGCGAUGUAUCCUCCUCCGACAACACGCGACCAUGUCCGGGAGCGGUUGGCGCUGGGCUGGGCCGCGGCACACAGGCCUUCAGAGAGUAUUGGUGGAGGAGUUUCUAUCCUCAGCGGAGAGCCCGGCACUGCCACUCUCAACAACCUGGUGGUCUCGCCCGUCUCCAGUUACAAUGGGCCAGAGAUACAGCCUGGGCUGAGCAGAACACUUUCCACGAGGUCGGACGAGCUAUGGUUCACUGGUGAAAGAUACGCAUAA